GCUGUAGCGCUCUAGAUAGGGCGGCUGGGCUCAGAGGACUUCGGGGAGGGGUGGGCUCAGCUCUGAGCUCCGCGAACGCCGCCCGGCUUGUUUCCUUGCGCCGCGCCUCCUCUCUUCCGGUCUCCGCCUCCUCUCUGGCCGUGAGAGUUGCGCGUGGGUCACAGCCCCGCCCACCCAUCAGAACCGCAGAGAAAGCAAGUGGCCGUUUCUGUCCCGGUUCCUGGUUCGGAGCGCGAAGCAGUGUUUGGCUCUCAUGUUUCUCCGGAUCCGUUGGGACAGAGGCAGGGCUCCGAGGGCAGGGAUUCUGCUGGGCUAGGUCUUGAACUCGUGCCACGGAGGGUUGGGACGGGCUCGGGAGGAAGCCGACACCUGAUGGCUCAGUCCACCAUGCCCCCCAAAUCUGACGUGUUGAGUCAAGAUGAACUUCGCAAAAAGCUGUACCAGACAUUUAAGGAUCAUGGUAUACUGGACACACUCAAGACAGAACUCAGAAACCACCUCAUUCACGAGCUGAUGCACCCUGCGUUGAGUGGCCCCCAUCCACUGAAGCCCCCGUCCAUCGCAGUGGAAGGGAGCGUCCUCUUAAUAGGCGCUUCCAACUCUCUAGUAGCAGAUCACCUACGGAGAUGUGGCUAUGAGUAUUCACUUUCUGUCUUCUUUCCGGAAAGUGGUUUGGCUCAAGAGAAGGUAUUUACUAUGCAGGAUCUACUACAGCUCAUUAAAAUCAACCCAGAAUCCAGUCUCUACAAAUCACUAAUUUCAGGAUUUGAUAAAGGAAACCAAAAAGGUUUUCUUAUGCAGUUCCUAAAAGAGAUGGCAGAGUAUCAUCAGACUAAGGCAAGUUGCAACAUGGAAACUCAAACAGAUUCAGCACUUCCCAUCAAAGACUCUCUGGCUGAGAAGCUGCAGCUUAUUGAUGAUGAGUUUGCAGGUGCUCACCCUCAGCACCCACAGUUAGAAUCUUUAGAAGUCAAGUUAAAUGAAUAUAAGAGAGAACUAGAACAGCAGCUCCAGGCAGAAAUGUGUGAAAAGUUGAAGCAUUUUAAAGAUACUGAAAUAGCAAAAAUUAAAAUGGAAGAGAAAAGAAAAUGUGAGAAGGAAUUGACUGAUUUCCGGAACAAACAUGAGAGAACCUAUCAAGCAAAAUCUGAAGCCCUCAUUUCUCGGGAAAAGAUGACCCUUGAGAGAAUUCAGAAGCAUCAGGAGAAUGAAAUGAAAGAAAUUUAUGCUCAAAGACAGCUUCUGCUAAAAGAUAUAGACUUGCUGAGAGGGAGAGAAGCAGAGCUGAAGCAAAGAAUUGAAGCUUUUGAAUUGUCCCAGAGGCUACAAGAAGAGAAAAAUAAAAAUGUGACCCAUGGGCUUUGGAGGCAGGAGCUGAACAUCCAGAGUAUGGAGGAGACCUAUGACCAAAAGCUCAAGAACAAACUCCUAAAGUAUCAGCUGGAACUGAAGGAGGACUACAUCACUAGAACUAAUAGGCUGAUUGAAGAUGAAAGGAGGAAUACAGAGAAAACUAUUCAUUUGCAAGAGGAGCUCAGAGCUUUUAAGUGUAGAAAGGAAGAAUUCGAUCGUUCUGUAAAUCGUGUGAAAGAGCUUGAGCUUGAGUUAGAGUCUGUCAAAGCCCAGUGUUUGGCACUAACAAAGCAAAACCACAUGCUGAGCGAAAAAGUCAAAGAGAUGAGUGACUAUUCACUAGUAAAAGAAGGGAAACUGGAGCUGCAGACGCAGAAUAAACUGCUUAAACAACAAGUGGAAGAGUUGAGAAAUGAAAACUUGCGUCUCCUCAACUGCAUAACUGAGCCAUCUCCUGAGCUGGUGAUUUUCCAGAAAGAAUUAAAGAAAGCAGAAAAUGCUAUCAUGCUUGAGCAUAAGGAGCUUGAAACCCACAAGCAAGCUCUGCAAAAACAGCUGCAAAGCGAAAUUGAGCAUUCCGCCCAGCUGAAGGCCCAGAUACUGGAUUACGAUGCUUCUGUCAAGAGGUUAACUAUGCAGGUUACUGACCUAAAGUUGCAGCUUAAACAAACUCAGACAGCCUUGGAGAAUGAAGUGUACCGCAACCCAAAGCCAUCUCUGCUCAGUCGCUCCGUCAGCAGGUUAAUGGGCGGCAAGAUGGGGCCCCUGGAUGGUAGCAUAAGCAGGGAUUUCUUGAAAAACGCUUUGAGACAGGACGAGCUGCUGGCAGGCACAGUUACACCAUGGAUCCCAAGUUACCCCAGUGCAAGCCCAGAGGGCAGUUCCCCUGAUUCUGACCUGGAAUUUGUAGCUAGCACCAAGGCUCGGGUGAGAGAGCUAGAGCAAGAGGCCAAGUGCUUGGAAAAAGCUUUCCAGAACUACCAUCAAAGGGUCAGUCAGUGCCCCGCCAAGAGCCCACUGGAAGCCAGGAGCCCACCCCUGCUGCGCCUGCUGGGGAAUCUCAAGAACAUCCUUCCAAGUGCCCCCGACAGGGGUGUUUUUCCCGAGGACCAAGUUGCCUCUCAGCAGCCUCAGAUGAGCGAGCAGCGAAAGGACAACAGCGAAGUGUCUGAGGUGACCAGCAGCUCGGCCUCCAGGUCACACAAGGGAGAGGCAUCCAGAUGCCUCUCCUCCACUUCUCUCCCCAAAGCGAGAAGAAGCCUUGACAGUGAGAUGUUCUUGGAAGGUGACAGAACACUGCAGCCUUCACCUGCUGAGUGCUGGCACAGCCUCUCAGUGCACUCACUUUCCAGCCCAAUGGAGCCAAAGGCCAGCCUUUAUCAAAGACAAAUGGAACUUGAGAAAAACCAAUUUGCAAAUUCGGACAAGCCAGCUUUUAAGGAUAAUGAAGAAUCUGAAGCAUCAUUUGAAUAUGUGGGGAACACGCCCAGGCAGCUUGAAAUGGACGGCUGCCUUCCCACUGGCAACAUGCCUCACAUGGACAGUGCCGCAGCCGCUCUGCACACCAGGGCUGUCUCCUGUCAGUACCCCAGCGUUGAUCCGAAACCACUUGGAGAACAGAAGGAUGAAGAGGAAAUAUGGGAACAACAAGCAAGAGAACUAAGGCAGGGAGGGGAGGGGAGGCAUAUCGAGCAGCAAGAAGCUUUGGAAAGGGGGCGGAGAGAACUCGAAAAGCUGGAUCAGGAAAGGAGGCUAAUUGAAGAAUCGUUGAAGAUGGAAAUGGAAAAAGAAUUUGAAGUCCUGAGUCUUCAGGAAAUGAAAGACAAAUCUAAAUCUAUUUGUGGUGAAAAUCCUUUAGAGAAAUACAUGCAAGUCCUCCAACAGGAUAAAGACCAGGACUUAGCAGAUAAGAGUUCAAAAAAGAUGGCCAGAGAGGGCUCACAAGUGGACACAUUGCCAUCUAGUGACAAAGACGAAAGUUUCACAGGCUUUUCUCCUGAAGAACCAGAUGACUCUUGGUAACUGCUUGGUGCUCAGCUGCUUAACUAAGAUUUUGGAACUAAAGACCUGAGAGUUCAGUGUAAUGAAACAUAGUUCUCAAUAAAUAUUCACGUGCAA